AUGAAUCAUUUUAAUCCAAAUACAAAGAUUAUAUCAUCAACUGAACCUUUGGAAAAGAGAAAUGUAUAUAUUAUAAAUGAAGAAAGUGAUAGUCAAAAACUAUAUACAUAUGAAGAAGGAUUACAGUUUUGUAGGAUGUUGGCAAAGAGGGAUAGAUUGACGAGUGCAUCGUUUAGGGAUUCUCCCAUCACUAUGAAUAUACAUACACCUCCCUUUUUGGAUGCUGAUCAUUUUCAUGAUCAUUCUCCAAUGCCUCUAAAAGAUGAUGAUCAUAUCAACAUACCUACAGACCAUACUACAAUAAGAGAUGUAACCGAUAGUAGAACUCAAGAAAUUAAAAUAGAUUAUAGUGAUGACGAUGAUGAUAAUAAUAAUAAUAGUGAUGAUGAUGCUUAUGGUGGUGGUGGAGGUGGUGGAGAUCAUCGCUCCACCACCUAUGGAGGUAAACAAUCAACAACUAUAAAUGAUAUAAAUUUAAUUUCAUCCACUUCUUCAACCAAUUCUUCAACCAAUUUAAUUAAUAAUAAUAAUAAUAAUAAUAGUCAACAAAGUUUAAUUGUUUCACCACAACCUAUAAAUAACAAUAAUAAUAAUAUCAAUAAUAAUAAUAAUCAAUUAUUAUCAUCUGAUUCAACUUUAACACCAGAAAUUGUUGGUGCUUCAUCCACUUCAUGCACUUCUUCCAAUUCUGGUAGUAAUAAUGAUGAACAAAACAAAAAGAUGAAUGACAAUACUACCACUACUACGACGACAACAACAACAACAACAACAACAAUAACAUCGCCACCACUAAUGACACCAAAGAUUGAUGAAAAAAAGAUUUAUUGGUUAGAUUUUGAAGGAUUGGAUGAAGAGGAAAUAGGUGCUAUUUGUAAAGUAUUGUAUGUUCAUCAUCUUACCUAUGAAGAUAUUAUUAGUCAUGAUUCAACUGAAAAGUCUGAAGAAUACUCUAAUUAUAUCUUUGUCUCAACCUCUGAGAUUACCUACUCGCCUGGUGGUGAACUCAUCAAUAGCAGUAUCUAUCUACUCGUCUUUCAAACCUUUGUCAUUGUAUUUCAUCAAGAACCAAUCGAUUGCUUUGAUAAUAUGGUCAAUUCAUUUAAAUAUCUAGACAAGGGAAUAGUUCAUUCGCCAUGGGUACUCUAUAGCAUGUUGGAAUCAAUAUGUGAACUCUAUGCUACCCAUGCCGACUAUUUAAUGUCCGAAGUUCAUACAUUGGAUGAUUUCACUCUAAGAGAAGAAGUUGCUCAAAAUGAACUAUACGUUAGAUUAGGUAGAGCUACUCGUAAAGCUACAAAUUUAUUAUCUUGGUUAUUUAUUAAAAAUGAUACAUUGUCAUCAUUAUUAAGAAAUUCAAUUAGUGAAGAUACCAAAAGACAUUUAAGAAAUAUUAAGGAUCGUGUAGUUAGAAUCCAACAAAAGAUAAAGUUGGCAGAGGAUUUAUUGGAGAAUGUAAACACUGUCUAUAUUUCCAAAGUGUCAUUAUUGCUCAACGAAGAGUCACAUACUCUAAACAUGUCCAUGUCAAGAUUUACAACAUUGACUCUCAUUUUCAUGCCACUCAAUCUGAUAGCAGGUGUAUUUGGAAUGAAUGUCAAGUUGCCAGGCAUGGUGGGGUAUUACGAGGAUACUCAUAUGAAAUGGUUUACUUGUUUGAUGACAUUUUUUGCAGUUUGGAUCGUAGGCACUGGACUAUAUUUUAAACGAGUUGGCUGGCUAUAA